AUGUCGGCACUGGACGAUCUACCCAACCGAGAGCUUGCCGAAGAAAUUGAAGCGAUCAAUGCUAUCUACGAACCAGACACCAUCACGGUGACCCGCGCCCCGACAGCGCAAUCUACCAGUACCCUCGAUCUGGGAAGUUCCGGGUCAUCUAGCGACGAUGCGCAAACAACAGCGACGCUCCAGAUCCCUGGCCAGUCAGAUCUUUCUUUUCGCCUAGGUUUCGGCGCAACAUAUCCAGAAACACAGCCCAUAGUGCUUGGAACUGCCUCGACUGCGGCGCGCGGAGAGGGGAAAAUAGCUGUGGACGUAUUGGAAGAUAUCGUACAGCGGACAUGGCAACCCGGCGCUGUCUGCUUGUUUGAUGUGAUCAGUGAAGCAGUGGAGGUAUUCCCAGAAUUGAAUAUUGGCGGGGCCAAGGAUAGCACGCAGACCAAGACGACAGAACCCUCUAGCACGACAGGCUACACCGCUAGUCAAACGACGAGUUCCAAUGGUGCUGCCACGAAACAAGCAACGGAAAGCUUUGCAUCUCUAUCUCUACAAGAUAAAUUUGGACUCGACAAUCCACCGGAUUGGGUCCUCUCGGAUGUGGUGACGGAGAAAAAGUCCGUCUUUCUAGCCCGAGCAGUCCGAGUAACGAGUCUAGCGCAGGCGCAGACUUUCCUCGAUCAUUUGACAGCGACGGAUAAGAAAGUCGCAGUGGCGACACACAAUAUCAGCGCGUGGCGCAUUAAGCAAAAGAAAGACGCCGAGUCUAAGAGCACUGACUCUGACGCGGCGGAGACGGUGGUUCAGGACUACGACGACGAUGGAGAAACGGCUGCCGGAGCCCGCUUACUCCAUGUAAUGCAACUAAUGGAUGUGUGGAAUGUCCUUGUUGUGGUCUCGCGGUGGUAUGGUGGGAUUCACCUGGGACCUGCGCGAUUCAGACUCAUCAAUGAUGUUGGUCGGGAUGCUUUGGUCAAGGGUGGUUUCACCCAGGAUGAUAGUGCCACCGCUUCUGAAAAGGGGAAGAAGAAGGGAAAGAAAUGA